GGCAAAAAUAUAUACAAAAUGUAAAUACACCUUAGAAAAUGUUGAAGCGCUACCAUGCUUCUCUUCAAUGUAGAGUUUUUUUUUUAAUAUAAUUACUACAUGCAGAGCUCUACUGGCAAUUGAUUGGAUGACAAACGUCCAAUCUCAUGGACUGCAGGCUUUAAACUCGGUGAAAUGUUCAAGAAGUUAAAAAAAGUGGGCUGACAUGUGAUGUCCAUUGUAAUGGACACAGGGUCUGAAUGGGUUAAAUGGUUAACUUUUAAGGAAUUCAUCUGAUUAAUUUUUACUCAUUUCUAUUAUUAAAUUGAAUUAAUAAUAUUGCUUGUAAUCUGUUGCCACAAUUUUUUUGAUUAGAUAAAGCGCGUUAAUUUUUACAGUGUAAUUCAGAAUAUGCAGCUUAGAAAUAGUAAAUCAAAAUGUCUAAAUGUGUUCAGAGAACGUUCCGAGUUGAAUGAUUUCUCUCUACCCCUCCUCAGGUUGGAGAAGUCGAGCCAGGUUCGUACGGUGUCCAGCAGUAACCUGUUCUUCAAGGGGAGUCGCUUCCGCUUCAGUGGAAGAGUAGCCAAAGAGGUAAUGGAGCAGAGUGCAAAAAUUAAACGGGAACCUCCAGAAAUACAUAGGGCUGGCCUGGUGCCCAGCAGAAGCUGUCCAUCCAUCACACAUGGGCCAAGGCUGAGCAGUGUCCCGCGCACCCGCCGGAGAGCCGUACACAUAUCCAUCAUGGAAGGUCUUGAAUCCUUGCGGGACAGCGCUCACUCCACUCCAGUGCGCUCCGUGUCCCACGGCGACUCCUUCAUGUCACGUUCGCGCAGCCAUGUGAUGGACUCCGGCGACGGGACGGCGGUCAUCUCCGACGAGACCUACAGUCCCUCCGACAGCGUUCUGCCCACACCGGUGGCCGAGCACAGCCUGGAGCUGGCAGUCUCACGCCAGAUCAACGGCGCCCCCUGCAGCAUCGAGGAGGAGAAAGAGUCGGAGGCGGGGACACCCAGCGUGGGAGACCUGGCCGAGUUAGGAGCGGACAGUAGGGCAACAGGCCUCUUGAAGAGCGCAGGCGGGGAGGCCACGCUCAGCGAGACGGAACAGGUGAAUAAGUUUGUUUUAAGUGUACUCCGUCUGCUCCUUGUGACAAUUGGACUCCUCUUUGUCUUGCUCCUCCUCCUCAUCAUCCUUACUGAGUCCGACCUUGACAUUGCAUUUUUACGUGAUAUCCGGCAGACCCCCGAGUUUGAGCAGUUCCAUUACGAAUACUUUUGUCCCCUCAGACGGUGGUUUGCCUGCAAGCUCCGCUGGGUGGGCGGGCUGCUCAUUAACAAGUGAAAAUGAGGCACUAAAGCUCGUAAAGCCUUCCUUGUUGGGGUCGAGAAGACGCUAAACACGUGGAGAGAGAGAGAGAGAGAGAGAGGCGGAGGGCACCGACCUGUCCCAUGAACCCAGCUUCUUUCAUGACACUCCUACACCACCAGGCCCACAGCUCCUCUUCUCUUCCACUUUUAGUUUUCUCCCCCACCCAUUUUUACACCUUUAUUUUUUUCUUCUUUUUUUACAAAGACAUUUUUGUUUUUUUGGUUUCCUUUUUUUGGAUUUCAGGUCAUUUCAGGUAUUUUAUUUUUACAAAAAACAAAACAAAAAAAAAAACAAAAAAAAACUUAAUUCAAAGACUUAAGAUUAUUAAAUAUGAAAUAUUUUGUUGCAACAAGAAAAUGUUGCCUUAAUUUAUAUUUAUUUUACAAUAAAAAUGAUUAAAGUCUUAUUAAAGAAUGUGGUGCGUUAAGUCUAGAGAGACAGCAAGUUGGUUCAGUAUAGUGGGUUUGGAGAGCGUGAGGACGUGGAAAACCAAUGCUUUUCUGAGUUUAUGCAUAAUUCAUGUCCAUCCGUUAUUUAACUCUUAGUAAUUUUCCGAAGGCUGCUAUAAUUGACCACACCGACGAUCAGAUCAGCAGAGGGUUAUAUGUAAGGUAAGAAUGUGCAAGUUAUUUUGAAAGCGAGACCUGAGGAAAGACUGGAAAUUAUGUUAUUUGAAUAAAAUUGAUGGGUACAUUUGAGUUCUGUAUUUGGUGGCUUGAGAUUUAGGGUGUUAAAUACAUUUUAGUAAUAUAACUGUGUUUAGGCGGUAGCAAGCUGUGAAGUAGAAAUCAUUUUAAAAGGGUUCUUUCUUAUGGAUACAGAAAAAUUAAUUGGUAUAAAUUGUGUUCUGUUACGUGACCCGAUAGUCUCGAUAUAUGUUGAAGAAGUUCUCAUGAAUGAUUUAAAAGCACCCAUAGAUCCAGUCUAGCUACAGUAGAUGUGCAAUACUGUAAGGGUUUGAUUUUUAAGAAAUAAGUACAUAAUUUUUGUUUUCAUGAGUAUGUGCAUUUGCUUUAUUAUUAUAAUUUUUCAUCCUAAGUCUUUCUCAAUAGAAAGAAAUCCCAUUGUAUAAAGUCUUUUUUUAUUCCAUAUCAGCCUUGCUCUUAAGUUUGUAUUUUGUGGAUAUCAUGCUAUGAUUAUUCUUAAUUACAAUAACAAUGCUGUACUUUUUGUACAAAAAGUAGUUAGUUUCCUAAUAUAUCAACAGUUUUUCCAUGUAUAUUUUAACAGAAACUGAAAUGUUAUUUUGUUAUUGAAAAUUAAAUUAUACCUUUUUUA